UUUGGGCUGGAUUCGGGGGCUGGAGCCCACACUGGAGCGAGCUCUGGUAGUACACGGGGAUCGACGUUCACAAUACUGGACGAAGGAGAACAGAACGGGCUAGAACUCAAAUAGGGCAGAUAACGAGGGGCAGACAGGAUUUAUGAAGACUUGGCAGGAUGUUUCGCGGUUUCUUUGUGAAAACGAUUAGCUUUGUCGGUUACACCGUCCAGUAUGGCUGCAUCGCUCACUGUGCCUUUGAGUAUAUUGGCAAAUUUGUGUCGUGUUCAGGACCUUCCAUGGAGCCCACCAUCACUAACCACGAUGUGUUUUUUUCAGAACGAGUAAGCCGUCACCUCUGUCGAAUACAAAAAGGGGAUAUCGUAAUAGCCAAAAGUCCUUUUGAUCCAAAAAUGAACAUUUGUAAACGAGUGAUCGGCCUGGAAGGGGACAAAGUUUGCACUAGUGGAUCAUCUGACGUCUUUAAAACACACACUUAUGUACCAAGAGGGCAUGUGUGGCUGGAAGGCGAUAGCCUUCAGAAUUCCACAGAUUCCCGAAGCUAUGGCCCAAUUCCCUAUGCCCUGAUCCGAGGACGCGUUUGCUUAAAGGUAAUGAGGAUACAGUCUCAUUUCUUGACCUAUACACUUCCCCAAAGGCCAAACCACAAGCUUUUUGAGUUUGAAUUGUUGCCCUUUUAUGUAGUAUUUUUUAAUGAGUCUCAAACAAGCAGUACAAAUUAUCCUUUCUUAAUUUUACUUUUAUUUGAAAUUGCAAAUAAAUGAACUCAAAGUAUAAUUUAGUAAGUGUCUCAAGAAUUGAGUGCCGUCUUCAUUUGAAACUGUUUUCGGCUGUCGACU